AUGCCGAAAAAGUUUGCUGGCGAAAACUCGAAGGCAAGUGCCGCUCGCGAACGGAAAGCCGAAGUUCAAAGGGUUGAAAAUGAGAGAAAGCAAAAGGCGAACGAUGAUGCUUUUUGGGCCGACGAUGAUAAGCAUGUUCAAAAGAAGCUCCAGAGGAAGGAAGAGGAAGAGCGAAAAAAGUUGGACAUGUUGAAACGAAAGGAAGAAAAUCGUCAAGCUUACGAAGAUGACAUGACCAAGGCAGGAGUAAGAACUGAGAACGCAACCAAGGCGCCUCAAAAAGUAACAAGGGCACAACUGGCAGCCCGAGCAGAAGCAAUGAUGCGUCAAGUAGAAGAACAAAAAAGACUGAAAGAGAUGGAAGCAAGACGACUAACGGAAGUUGAUCAUUUGGAAGAGAACAUCAACCGCUUGGAUUUGGACGUGGAGAGUGCUCGAAAUAUCGAUGAGGCUAUUGCCGUUUUGGGCGAUCGAGAGGUCGACCCCGAAAAGCAUCCAGAGAAACGCAUGAGGGCCGCUUAUCAAGCGUUUGAAGAUGAGAAGAUGCCAGAGCUGAAAAAAGAAAACCCUACCUUCAGGAUAUCUCAACUAAAGCAGGCGCUGUGGAAAGAGUGGAAGAAGAGCCCGCAGAAUCCUCUAAAUCAA